UUCCUGAUUCAUUCGGGAGCUAGACAAGAGGAGCUUAGAUGAAUUUGUGAGAGUUGGGCACCACACCCGAGAAAAUGAGGGACGGUUCAUCGAGACGGCUUGAGCCAUAACACUCUAGGAUUAAACCAAGCGAAAAUUGAGAGCAGAAUAUGAGCAUGAAUUCUCAAAUCUGGAGUCACUUGCUCACCAAUGCCAAUUGAAUUGAAGUGAUCUCCCAUCCCAUAGGCUACCGCCCUAGGGUUGAGUGAAUAAUAAAUCACCUGAGAGAGUAUGCUUCUGUUGUGGGCUAGCAACAAACCCUCACAAUCACAAAAGCAUUUGACAUUCUUUUCUUCAAAGUUUAAAAUAUAUAGGUCACCGUCCAACACCUCACCCCCUCUAACGGUUACUUUUUAAUCAAAAUUGGAAACCGAAAGACAUUAUAAUUCUAAUUAUUAUAUAAUGUAUAAAGCGUUGACAUCCAAGAUGGCGGGAACCAAAAAGGCUAUAAAUAGGCUGAGCCAGUAGUCACCCUCUUCACCACAACUCUGCAAACAUCACAAAGCAACACACACACACACAACACACACUCUCUCUCUCUCUCUAACAUUUCAAUGGCAAUCCCGGUGAUUGAUUUCUCGAAGCUCAAUGGAGAAGAGAGGGCCAAGACAAUGGCUGAGAUAGCUAACGGGUGCAAAGAAUGGGGAUUCUUUCAGUUGGUGAACCAUGGUAUUUCAGUGGAGCUCCUAGAGAGGGUGAAGAAGGUGUGCUCUGAAUGCUACAAGCUGGAAAGAGAAGAAGAUUUCAAGAACUCGGCGAUGGUCAAGAAGUUGAAUGAUUUGGCAGAGAAGAAAGACAGCGAGAAGUUGGAGAAUGUGGACUGGGAGGAUGUUUUCCUCCUCUCCGAUGAAAACGACUGGCCAUCGAAGACUCCUGGAUUCAAGGAAACGAUGGAAGAAUACCGGUCUGAAUUGAAGAAACUGGCCGAGAAGGUCAUGGAAGUGAUGGAUGAGAACUUGGGAUUGCCUAAGGAAUACAUCAAGAAGGCAUUCAAUGGUGAAUAUGGAGAAAAUGCCUUCUUUGGCACGAAGGUGAGCCACUACCCACCUUGUCCUCAUCCUGAGAUGGUGACAGGUCUUCGAGCUCACACUGACGCCGGAGGCGUCAUCUUACUCUUCCAAGACGACAAGGUCAGAGGCCUUCAGAUCCACAAAGAUGGAGAAUGGAUCGAUGUCCAACCACUGCCCAAUGCUAUUGUCAUCAAUACUGGUGACCAAAUUGAGGUCUUGAGCAACGGUCUGUACAAGAGUGUUUGGCACCGAGUUCUACCCAUCCCAGGCGAGAACAGGAGAUCGAUUGCUUCAUUCUACAACCCGUCACUCAAGGCCACCAUAGCUCCUGCACCAGAACUUGUGGAAAAGGUGGACCGAGAGGCGGAUCAAGCUUAUCCCAAGUUCGUGUUUGGUGACUACAUGUCGGUUUAUGCCGAGCAAAAGUUCCUUCCCAAAGAACCAAGGUUCCAUGCUGUUAAGGCCAUGUAAUCAAGAAAGCAAAUCUUCACAUUCAUAAGGUGGGGGUUUUUUUUUUUUUUUGGUGGGCUUAUACACCCUAACAAUGAAAUUUUGCCGAAAUGGCAGAAAUGCUAUGGCGUAUAAUCCUCUAGGAACAUGCCUAGAUGAGGAUAGACAAGCUUGUCUAGUGUGUUUUUUUUAUUUGGUUGUGUUUGUCUGUCUUGCAGUGUAAUAUUGGGUGCUUUAUUUAAUGUUUGCUUUGUACAUUAGUGACCAUAUAAAUUGUACUUUCCAACAUCUCUUUGAUGAAAAUGGAAAAGAAAUGUAACUUUUGUCACUCUGUCAGUUAUGUUUCCGGAAAAUCACUUCUAGGGUUUUAAAUAUCGGUUGAAAAAAUAUAUAUUAGGUUUUUAGACUUGUGAUAUCAAUAUUUACUAAUAUAUUAUUCGGUAGAUGUAUGGCCAUAUCACCGACACCGAUAUACAGCCUGAUACCAUUAUUUAAAACCAUCCUUCCGAGUUCUCUCUUACUAUGUAAUCAUUUGCUACUUAAUACUUUUUUUUAAAAACUAUUGACCGGAUGGAUUAAGUCAUAUUUUAUUGUAUUAUAUAGUUCAGAACUAAGGCUCGCAGGAGUUCUGUUAUUUUUCUUUCUAGGCAGGGUCAACUGUUCAAAAUCCAGACUCCAUUGGUAGAGAAGCUUUGCCAUCCUAUCUGAAAACCUAAAAUAAACCUGGAAAAACUCCAUGAAAUGAACCCAAUAAAAUCCAUAAAUGAUUACCUCCAAGGCACAGUUUAGAUGUAUAUAUAAAUAUAAACCACACUAAUUUAUUUUUCUGUAGAUGUAAGCAAUGUCGCAAAUCUCUACGUACAAAUAUAUUUAAGACAUGCGCAAAAAGCAGCAGCGGUAUCGAAAGGUCUACAACUGUGCACUGCAAAUGAAACUGUAUAUAUACACAUAUAUAUAAGAUGUUUCUCUAAUUUUUAUAUUUUUUUCUUGGCAUAAACAAUUUAAAAUGACUGUAAUCAUGAACUAGAUUAUGAACAGAAGCUUAUACGAAAAUGCUGAAAGCAUGAAUCAGAGACAGAUAGGAAUAAUCAAUGUCUUUCAACAGGAAACAAUAUGUGUACGUCCAUCGAUAUUCUCCUCCACAUCAAAAAUUACCUUAUCAUCCCAAUGAGUUUCAGCUGCCGGUGAAUAUAAAUAUUGUGAGCAUAUAUAAUUGCGUAAUCAUGGGUGGAAACUCAGUGUAUUAGGCCAAUAGUUCAAUAUUCUACUUGAUUCACAACCUGUCCUGCCUAGUAUCUAAUAAGAUAUUGUAUACGUCAGAAUUGUACACCUGCUAGAAAUUUUAAAUUUUGUUGGAUCUGAGUUUUUGAGGAUAAUAAGAUGAGUAGAAUUUACAUACCAUGAUCCAAAAGAUUUCUUGUUUUUCCAUGUAUUGCAAAUACUUCCAUUUUUUUAUUAUUAUUUUCUUCCUUUUCUGUUUUAAAAUUUUAUCAAGUUCUAGCACCAAGGACUCUGUAAUCGGCCACAAGUCAGUUUCUCAUAUGUAAAACAGUUCCUGGUCUCAAAGGCAAUAUGAAUAUAUAUAUAUAUAUAUAUAUGUAUGUAUUUUAUCCACAUGCAAAGAGAAAGUUGCAUACAUAUGACCCUACCUAAACCCCCGUAAAGGCGUGAGCCUCCUAUCCUUUUUAUACACGAAGACUAGUUAAUGUUAACUAUUUUUUAGCAUGCAGUGUUAAAAAUCUUGGAUCACAUUCGUUGUUCUUUUCUAAAUUCAACCAGUUGGUCUUUGACCUGGCCGACUAGCUUUGUUAUUAUGUAUAUUUUGUGUAUGUUGCAGAUGGUAUAGAUAGUCUGAGAUAUGCUGAGUAAUUCCUUUAUAUAUUUUCCUCUUACAAUAUAAACAAGUGGGUAGACUUCUUUAAACAGACAACACAUUUUUGUUUAGAAUAUAAUCUAUGUUGGUACUAAGUGAAUCCUCUUUCUUUGUUUAUCUUAAUAUUGAGUUGUGUCCAAUUUCCUUGGAAAUUUCAAUAUAUACUUGGAUAUGAGAUGCAUUUUACAAAAUUCUAUGAUCAGACCAGGCGUCCAUUUUGAUUUAGUGAUUCAAGUUUUUCACGAUACUUUAGAUCUUUCCAAUUUUUUGUUUCAUUAGUGGGUAACAUAAUAUAUUCAUCUACAAUUUCACAAAUUUUAACUCGGAAUAAAAUUAACUCUUCCGUUCUAGGAUUCUUUGUAUUCCAGUCAUUAAGUGAAUAAGGGCAACUUCAUGGAAUAAAAUUAGAUCCACUAAUCCACAGGUCCAACCCGAAUUUUCUCGGGUUAGGCUGAUUUGGUUCUACUAUUUCAAUUGGUUCAGUUCUAAAUCCAAAAAUUGAUAACCGGCCCAUACACACCACUUCUUGCCGUCUAUAAGGUUUCAAAUUAUCUUUUUCAGCCUUCUAAAUGGAUCUACUCCAGUUGAUGUUUAUAUUUAAAACAAACUAGAAAGCAUAGCAAGAAGUUGAGCAAACACUAUUGUUUAAGACAUGAGAGAGUCCUACUUAUCAAAAAAUAGACCCAUGAGCUGUGUAAGAUUAGAUAUUUACUCUCAUUCAAAUGACAGUACAUAAUUACAUCUGACAUAUGGAAAACCAAAGACCCAAAAAAAAAAAAAAACUGUUUCUUUAAACUUAUAAUCUGUACAGUAAUUUAUACAAACCUCAGACCA